AUGGAAGCGCAAAGCAGAGAUGCGCCCCGCCCCUUUCUUGACAUCGCGAAUGUGGGCGUGCUUGAAAACAGUUUAGCGGAUUCGCUACGCAGCAGUAAUGAAAGUGUUCUUCGUGUUUCUGUUCCUUUUCUCAUGCGUCUUCGUUGGCGUGAUGCCAUUUCGAGGCGGCCAUGGGCGACCACUCUAUGGAGUGGUCGGAGGUGUCAAUUACGCCAAUGACUUUAUUCCCGUUCGAAGUUUCGAAGGAACAAGAGGCUCGAGAGGUUCAAGAUUAUACGGAUCAUUCUAAACGAAACAAUUUCGCACACAAAAACAUGUGUCAAAAGUUAGAAAAAUAAAAUUUUGCUUGUG